GCUGGUUGUGAACCACAUGGUGUGUAAGAUGGUGGAGAACGUGUGUACCCCGGCGUCUCACUACGCCCAGGGCUUCAUCACCGGGGAGAUAGGCCCCAUGCUCUGGUACCUGUUCACACACUCCAGCGUCGACUCACUACGCGUCAGCGCCAUCUCAGCCCUGUGCAGAAUCACCCGCCUCUCAGCCAGUGCCUUCCACAGUGUGAUUGACAAGGUGGGGCUGCCAGCCAUCUUAGCCAGCCUGGUGUCGGGGAUCAGCCGUGUCCAGCAGCACAUACUCACCAUGUUCUCUGCCAUGCUGGCGUCAGGGGCCCACGCCCAGCUACACAGACUAGUCCAGGAGCGGGACUUUGUGGUGAAGAUAAUGCGUUCACUGGAGAGCCCGUCCUCUGUCAUCAGAGCCAAGGCCUUCCUGGUUCUCCUUCAGGUCCUCUGCAGCAACAGGGACAUGCUGCUACUCUGCUGCAACUCUAGGACCUGAGCCCUAGGACCAUGCCCCAGGACUACCUGACAUGAUGACUCCUUGCUGUCCCCAGUCCACCUGGCCGUGCUGCUGCUCCAGUUUCAACUGACCUGAGCCCUAGGACCAUGCCCCAGGACUACUUGACAUGAUGACUCC